UGUGUUGGCGGGGACCCGUCGCGCGUCUCGAGUCAACGGUGCAGAAAGUAGCAAAAGUACCGCGAGAUCGUCAGCUUUAUCGUCAUAGUCACAUCUUCAUCUAACAACAUGCGUGAGUGCAUCUCCAUCCACGUGGGCCAGGCCGGAGUGCAGAUUGGCAAUGCAUGCUGGGAGCUGUACUGCCUGGAGCAUGGCAUCCAGCCUGAUGGCAGCAUGCCAAGUGACAAGACCAUUGGUGGCGGGGAUGAUUCCUUUAACACUUUCUUCAGUGAAACAGGCUCAGGGAAACAUGUCCCACGGGCUGUAUUUGUGGAUCUAGAGCCAGCUGUCAUUGAUGAGGUCAGGACUGGCAUGUAUCGGCAACUGUUUCACCCUGAGCAGCUCAUCUCCGGGAAAGAAGACGCGGCCAACAAUUACGCUCGUGGUCACUACACCGUGGGCAAGGAGAUCAUUGACACGGUUUUGGAGCGUAUCCGCAAACUGACUGAUCAGUGCACAGGUCUGCAGGGGUUCCUCAUCUUCCAUAGCUUUGGUGGUGGCACUGGCUCAGGAUUCACCUCUCUGCUGAUGGAGCGCCUCUCUGUCGACUAUGGCAAGAAGUCCAAACUUGAGUUUGCCAUCUACCCAGCUCCCCAGGUGUCCACUGCUGUUGUGGAGCCCUACAACUCUAUCCUGACCACUCACACCACCCUGGAGCACUCAGACUGCGCUUUCAUGGUGGACAACGAGGCCAUAUAUGACAUCUGUCAUCGCAACCUUGAUAUUGAGCGGCCCACCUACACCAACCUCAACAGACUCAUCGGCCAGAUUGUGUCCUCCAUCACUGCCUCUCUGCGCUUCGAUGGAGCUCUGAAUGUGGACCUCACCGAAUUUCAGACCAACUUGGUGCCCUACCCUCGCAUCCACUUUCCUUUGGUCACCUACUCACCCAUCAUAUCUGCUGAGAAGGCCUACCACGAGCAGCUGUCUGUUGCAGAGAUCACAAGUGCCUGCUUUGAGCCUUCCAACCAGAUGGUGAAGUGCGACCCACGCCAUGGAAAGUACAUGGCCUGCUGCAUGCUGUACCGUGGUGACGUCGUGCCCAAGGAUGUGAAUGCUGCCAUCGCCAACAUAAAGACAAAGCGUUCCAUACAGUUUGUGGAUUGGUGCCCCACUGGUUUCAAGGUGGGCAUCAACUACCAACCCCCCACUGUGGUUCCUGGUGGUGACCUGGCCAAGGUGCAAAGGGCUGUGUGCAUGCUCAGCAAUACCACUGCUAUCGCUGAGGCCUGGGCCAGACUGGACCACAAGUUUGACCUGAUGUAUGCCAAGAGGGCCUUUGUCCACUGGUACGUGGGAGAGGGCAUGGAGGAGGGCGAGUUCUCUGAGGCAAGGGAGGACCUGGCAGCCUUGGAGAAGGAUUAUGAGGAGGUGGGCACUGAAUCUGGGGAGGGGGAGGAAGAGGGAGAGGAGUACUGAGUACGGCUGGCCAGAGAAAAGCCUUUUGUCUGUGGGUCAGCAGUUAAACCCACAGACUGUAUAGGCAUUUCAAUGUCCUAAGUAUUCAGUCUUCAUUUUAGUUUUAAACCAAAAAUUAAUCUGUCUGGUGUAUUUCUGCACAUAAAAUGUUCCCUUUAUGUCUGUAAUUCAAACAGUAAAAUAAGUUGGUUUUAAAUAACUGUUUGGUCGUUAACUGAAAUUCAUUUUUAGUCAACUGUAACAGAUCACAAUGUACUGUACAUCUUGUCUUUAACUGGAAUGUCAAGUUAGUACUCAAGUAACUAUCUGAAUACUAAAAAGAGACAUUCAGAAUUUUUUUGGCUUUAUAAAUAUUUCAGUUCUGCUGAACUAAUUUGAUUAUAUUUAUGAAGGGAACAUAUUAGCACAGAUACACCUGCAAGCUGUCAAAGUGGUUUUAGUUUUCAGUCACUUUGAAACAUGGAAUUCUCAGCUUUUCUCUUCCAUGGAUUAUGCUGUCUACUGAAACUAAAUUUCAGUUUUGCUCUGCAGGGGAGAAAAACCAUUAUAGCCUGUAAUGACCAGAAAUGCCCACCCUUGCUCCUUAGUGUACGCCCAGUACUUGUUGAGACCAUAGUUCUGUUAUCAUGCGGUGUCUUAGCUCUUUUGUCAUGUCCUUUUGUGGUGAAAAAGCAAACUGUUCUUCAUCUCAACUACUUCCCGCACUUCAGAACAACUACUUGUUGCUUUGGUUGCUAUUCAUAACUCAGCAGUGUACUUUGCAGGGUUGACUUUCUGUAUACUUUGUCUGAAGGCUUUCCAACUUCUGAAUAAAAUUCUGUUCACAACUG